CCGGAUCGUUGCCCUCAUUCCGAAGCGGAGACGACGGACGCAGGAUAUCUACCUUCGAUACUCCAGCAUCUGUAGCUCCUUCUUAAACUCUCGACAUGUUGCGCUCUCUCAUCCUGCUCUCGAUGGGGCUGCUCUCCGCGGCGAAUCCAAGUCUGCCACAGGUCUUGGUGUACACCUUCAAACCCUUGGAGAAUGGUGAGACCAACACCCUCCUCUGCCAUGCUAAAGAAUUCAACCCACCGAACAUCAAGCUGCAACUGUUUGCGGAUGGCAACCCUUAUUCUGACGCAAACCAAACUGAUCUUAGCUUUGAGUCAAACUGGAAAUUCAAAUUGACCACGUUCAUCGAAAUAAUUCCCAGGGAUGAUGUGGAGUAUUCCUGCCACGUGACGCACAUGGGUAAAACCAAUAUCUACAAACUGGAUUCCUUCUAGCCUGCUGCACCACAGGCAUGAACAUCGACAUGAUUUCUGAAUAAUUAACCGCGAAGUUGAUCAUCUUUAAAUUUAGUUUUUAAUCAAUUUGUAGUAUCAGGAUAAAGGCACCUGCAAGAUUGGCUUCAGAUCCUUGCAAUUGAAGCUACUGGCCCCUUGCUUUUUCCUUCGCGGUGUGAUCAAUAAUGUAGCUUUUAACCGCUCGCUUGUUUGAAAUGUAGUUUCCCCUCCCAACUGCUGCGGAGAAUUGGCCUACAAGAAGAAACCAGUCCUUUUCCUCUCUCCAACAUCCCAUCCCACUCCAACCCCCUCCCCCCCCCCCCCCCCUCCCACUUCACAACCCUGCUUUGGAAUUUGGAUAGCAUUUGGCACAUCCUACUCCUUGUCCUGUUUACUCAAUCUUCACAAAGGAGGGAUCGCUGUACUCCCAUAUACACCGGCAUGCACUGACCUUGCAGUCAGAUGUCCAGAUGCGAUGCUUAUUUUUGAGGCAGCAGCUCUACCAGCUGUGCCAUGCAUAAUCUCAUUAUUUUUGUACCUGUAAUAAUCUUACUUUUGUUAAAUAAAAAGUGGAGCUGUUAAACGAUCACAGUAAUCAACCUCCAUCAGUGAACCCACAAGUACAUCCCCAGAAGGUCAGAUCUUGAGCUGAGAACUAUACGUCCAAAGUCACUUCUUCCUCCCAUGGUCCACUUGCAUGGUGCAUCUGAAAUUACAGUUAUCAGUUACUCCAUCACUUUGUGCCUUUGGUGUCAACUAGUAUCUAAAAUUCCUUGUUUCCAUCUUAUUUUGUAAUGCUUCUGGCCAGUCCCCCCUCCGCACCCUUUCCCACAGUUAUAUUCCUCCCUGGCUAUUUGCAUGGUUAAGUUCAUAUUCAGCUGUUGAUUUAAAUGAUAGUUUUUAACAGGCACAAACAUGAGUGUCUUCAUUUUUGCUGAUUUUUGAAAUAGAAUUGUUGGAUUUUAGGGGGGUUAUUUUAUCAAUAAUUGACUUGGCAUACAUGCCUAAUAAAGAGUGAUUAA